AUGGACAGACACCUGACGUCCGUGCCACAAGUCGACAAUGUCCAACACCACGAAUCGGUGUCCGGCUGGUCUGUUUUCUGGGCACUCUUGGCCAUUGUCUCCAAUGCAAUGCUGCAGCCAUCAUUUACUGGCUAUCUAUGGAAUGGCAACGCUUUCGAAGGCUCGCUGUGGCCGCAUCGCUCCUCACCAUUUGUCUGUCUGAUCGAUAUGGCUGCCGAUAUCUUCGUAGCGUUCCAAGCCUGGCGCAGUCACGGUCAUUCGCACGAGGAAGGAGAGACUGGCUCGGCACGAACAGGAGCCCUGACUAAGCUUGCGCUCUUCUUGAUAGGGGUGAUGCCGCAGGCGAUCAAGUUGUUAAGCAUGCAAGGAAUUCCCGUGACGCAGGCUAUUGCUGCGAUGUAUCUGCUAUCGUCAGCGACUAAUCUGAUCUGCUCACUCACAAUCAGCCAACCUCAACGAGAGAUCCAGAAGCUCCUGGAAAGCUUGACUGCGUCUGGCCUCCGAUCGAAACGCUCCAUCCAAAGGACGACCUGUAUUGUUGGAUGGGGUCCUCAUCUCUUCUACAUCUUUUUGUUGUGGUAUAGUCUUGCCGAUAAAGUGGGCUUUGCAGCUCCUGCAGACAUUGAAAACGUCUCUGAAUGGGUGUGUGAAGUGGUGGCCUUUCUAGCUGUACUCUACUUUACUCAGUAUGCUCUUUGCAUAAUGUUUGAAGAGAAACCGUUGGUCGCCUGCGAGCCCCUUUUUGCCAUCCUUACGAGCACGCGUUUCCUCUGUAUUCCUGUUCUUAUCGCGGCUCCAGCAAAGGACCUUAGCCAAGGACUUGUCAGCAAGCCACGGCUCACCAUAGAGCUGCUUGUGAGCCUCGGCCUCGCCUGCUAUUCAGUCGCAAUUGCUCUGAACUAUGUUGUAGAUAAAGUCUACAAACAGUGCACACGAUGUGGCACACAUCAUUGGCGAGUUUUGACGAGGCGAUGUUUGGUGGCAGAUUAUCCCAAUUCGGCCAUGGCCACUGCCGGAGAUACUGCUGUUUCAGAAGAUCUGUGCACAUCCGUCGCAGCAGAGUUUGCCAUCCGCUCAUCUAGUGACUCAACACAGACCAACACAGCAGCAGAUACUCUUCAGCGGCGCCCUCCGAGCAUUUCCGACGACAACGCCGCACCCAUAUCAGACGCCACAACGCUGCCUAGCCAGAUCCUUCCCGGCACUUUCCAUGACACUACCAGCGAGAGGACAACCUCAAUCAAUUCUGUCGAGCCCAGGUCCAUAUCAUCACUGAACAAUACGCCACAUGAUAACACAGCUGAAUCUGCGACAUCAUCCUGGAAAAGCCGAGCAAAGCGACUGUUUAAAAACAUCUUCUUCGGACUCACCCACCCCAUCGUAGUCCUCCUGGUCCUGGUAAUAUCCUACUCUACACAUCGGAAAUCAGGUAGCAGGGACAACGAGAUCACGUCUGAACAACAAAGCGCUGCCGCCGCCGAGGAGGGUACUAUCGGCACCCCAGGCACAGCAGCAACUACAACAUCAACCGCCAAUUCCGCGAACCAGCUUCGGGAUCCUGCUGCAUCGCCCUCCUCUGGGCAUUCCUGGACAGACCAGAGCUCUCCACUCCCCCUUUUGCCUCGCAUAGCACGCCCGGCACUCCGGCUCCUCGACACGAUACCCCGCCUAGCCGUACUCUCCCUCCUACUACUUGCAUGGCGCCUCUCGGUGGUAGCCGACAGCCUUUGCAGCCACACAUUCACCUGGGUCAAGUGGCAGGUGAUGGAGCGGCAUCCACCUAGGAUUCUUGUGGUGGCAUUCGGGUACGUCAACUUUGUCACGGCCGCGGUGUAUUACCUUGUCUUCUUUGAUGGAGACGGGACCUUUGCGCCGGGGUGGGCCGAUAUAUUUGGGUGA